GGAUUUGUGACGUUGAUUGGACCAGCGCUCCCCUACCCGGAAGGACAAUUGUCGUCUCUUUGGCUGGAGAGACGAACAGAAGCCGAAUUUUGAAAUGAAGGGAAAUGAAGAGGAAGAGUGCAACAAAGAAAAUACAGAAACUGAAUAUUCCUCUUUUAGGGUAUCUGAGUUAUUACUUGCCAUUGAACGGUUAACUACAGGACAAUCAAAGCCUGGUAGUGAACAGAAACAUGUGGGAAGAGUAGCAAAAGCAGAGAAGACUCUGUUACUCAAUUCGGAGAAACAAACUACCAAUCAGAGUCAGCUUGUCAAAGAUGAAAGAUCACUGGGAAACACAACUAUUAGAUCUGGCUCAUCCAAAAGAACUACAUUUAUAAAGUGCCCUCAACGAAGCACUUUUGAAUGCAACAUGAACGCACAUAAAAUGUAUACAAAUCCUCAGGCUACACGAAGAUCAAAGCUGAUAUGUAAUUGGAUCGCAAAACCUAAUAUGGCUCAACGAUUUGAUAAGAUGACUAAACCACAAAAGAAAAUGCCUCUCAUGAAUCCAUUGGAUGAACAUUUACCCAAAUCUCUCACAACGUCUACACAAAAAAAGAAGAAAAAAAGACUCUCUCUUGACAAAACACAGCCAGUGCGAAGCCCUUUUUUGAGUAUCAAAUUAGCUCCAUUUCGUCUACACAUUCAACGGUCAACGUUAGCAGGGGCUCUGCGCCAUGAACCCUUCAUCGAUCUAAAAGAUUUACAGUUGAAGAUGUGCAAAAGAUCUACGAGCAAGCGAGUUCCUAAAGUAGUAACGGAAAUGCAAAAAUGUGUAGCACAACCCAUCCCAAUAGGAAGUCAAGAUAAAGGCGAACUUCCUAUUCCAUUGAUUUGUAAAGAUGUCGACAGUGGGUCCAGAAUACUCGUUGACAAGAUCUCCUACACCGAACUACGGAGUACUUGGCAAAGAACUGCCGUCUUUUUCUGAACACCGUGUAUAUCUACACAUAAAACAAUGUAAAGUAUAUAAAUCUUACCAUAAAUGAC